AUGCCCCCGGAGGGGUCGUACUUGGGGCAUCCGCGGAGCUUCGUUCGUGAGAUGGUGGACGGGGACCUCAGGAAGGUGUUCGGGAGGUUCGACGCGUUCGCGUCUCACGCUCGGCUGAACGUGCCGGAGUUCAAGGCGGUCGUGAGGGAAGACGCCGUGUGGUUCACCAUCCUGAGAGAGCCGACCCAGCUCUUCGUCAGCCUCUUCGAGUACUAUAACCUGCAGAAGUGGUAA